AUGGCUACGAGAUUUACGCCCGAGGCUUUUCUGCCAUCGGGCGCCUACGACUCUGAUCCUGUUCUUUCCCUCAACAGUCAUCUGCCAUACCGCAAUACAUCCAGUAUUCCGUCUCCGCCUAACUCGUAUCCUCGAGCCGGAACUCUUCGUCAUCAAUAUCCACAACACUAUCUCAACCCAUGUCAAUCGCAUAACCAAGAUUAUAGCCAGAUUCAACUUCAACGCGGCCGAAUCCCUCCCGCGAGUACCCUACCGCUUCAGCAUAACGACUUGUCCCCUCUCUCGCUGGAUUCCCUACGAGCAGCACAGUCUGUUCCGCCAGACUACAGGCGGUACCCCCAGCAGGCCGAUUCUUUCGACACCUUUGAAGGUCGUCCUGCGACAGUAUCUCCUACACACGGAGGCCCGCCUCCUUCAUACGGACAUCGAUUGCCGGCUUCAUCUACAGCUCCUCUUCCCAACGUUGGCUCUUCUGGGCUCGUUGGUGCAUCCCUGUCAAGAUCGGUUUCCGCAGACGCCGUGGCUGCUUCUCAGUCUUCGUUGCAUGUGGUUCAACGCCUCAUGCAACAAAACCAGUCAAUUCGCGAAGCUUGGGAAGCAGAACGAAACCAUCUUGAAGCUAAUCGUCGACGCGUUGAAGAGGUUUACCAGGAAGAGCGGAUAAUCAUGGACGAGGUCCGGGAAAGCUGGGAGGCUGAGAAAGAAGGCAUGUCCCGAGAAAUUGAAGAGCUCAAAGAACGAGUUUACAGGCUCGAAGGAGAAAACAAUGCUUUGAAAGCUGUUACGGCGCAAAGCAUUCAGGUUACAGGCGUGGUUUCGCCUCUGGCGAGUCAGCGUGGUGGAAGCGGUGAGGGCUCCUUGGACAGUUCCUACUUUCCUGCUCCACCGGGACGACUCGCGUCAAGGGCACAAAAUCCAACCAUCCCAGCCGGUGUUUCCAUGACUGAUGCGUCAUCUCUACCACCCGGUCUUGAUGGCGCCUCUCGCCGCCCUCAUUAUUUCUCAUCAAGCAGUGCUUGCGUGUCUCCUACAACACAACCCGAAUCGUCACCUUUCGUCCCUCUCGAUCCCAGGAUGCAGACCCAGAACCCAGUUGCCAAGGACUUCCUGCCGUCCCCAACAGAGGACGUAGCCACGCCUGUGCCCAUCAUUGAUGUGCAAGAAAUCGACCCUAAGCUGGAAGGAAUCCCGAUCAAGGCCACUGCGGUCCAGAAGUCCACAUUCGCUGCCGGUGCAUCUCCACCCGAAAACCCAGCCUCGCCAGCGUCAUCUCCGCCUGGACGUGCUGCUCAAAGCCCAGAGCAGUCUCGGCGCCCGACCAAUGUGCGCGGCUCAUCCAAGGAAUACACUUUGCAGGCCCUCUCUGCUGUAGAGUCUCGUCGACUAACAAUGCACGCUGGCCACACGCCAAACCAUUCUCUGUCGGUCUUUCCCAAAGUCAAUCCGACUGACGCAGCUUCCAUUCUUGGAGAAGGCGCCACGCCAACUGUCGAAACAACUAUCGAUCUCAGUGCAACAGCUGUCGUCACAGAAGACGGGAAGGGCGACACAUUAUCUUUACCAGCUCAAGCCGAUAGACGUGACUCCAAAGUAUCUUUCGUCUCAUUCACUGAAGAGCUGGAUCCGAACGCGCCAGAUGCUAUGAUGGAACCAAGUGAUGGUGAUAAACCCCUCAAAGGGCCCCUUAUGCUCAGGAACAUGCCGGCCAAAGACGAGCUUUUCUGGGAAGAAGUACACAAGAAACUGGAGCCUAUCAGCCAAGGGCAGAACGCACUACCAGCUGUCAUGCAAUCUCAAGAAUUGAGCUCCAUUGCCGGUCCUUCUGGCUUGAAUGUUCCAGCACACGGGUUGAAGCAGGGUGGUCCUAUUGGGGGGGAUGGUUCCGCUGAUGCCCAAGCCAACUCCGAUGGUAGCGAUGGCGAAGGCGAUGCUAAGACCAUUGAAGCUGAUGUUCCGUUGAAACUGAAGAGCACGUCCAAUUUCGGCGCCCCUUUUGGUGCCAUGUAG